GUGACGUCCUCAUAGAUCGCUAUAGCCUACUGUUUUUGCUACCGUAAGUCUAUAUCUCCUCCUUAAAAAAUUGACUUUAUGUACGUAAAAAUAAGUAGAUCCGACAAUGUCGUCAGUAUAAGGCAUAUAGAAAUUGCUCUAAAUAGCAGACGUUUUAUUAUGCAGCACAGAUGUCAAUAACAGUUUCUCCAGUAUUGCCAUAAUAACGUUGUACUUUAUUGUUAAUAUUUUUGUAGUAGAUAUUGGAGUUUUUCCAUCAUUUCCAACUUUUAAAGAUGCUAUAUUGUGAAUAACGCAAAUGAGUAUCGGUACUGCCAAUUCAGUGAUGAACAGAGAGCUUUCGAAUUACUUUAUCAAAUCAAUGUCCGUUUUUCUUUACUGUUGACUAAGAGUUUGUGAUUUUCUAGCAAGCGAUAACUAUUGAAUUCUGUUUAAAAAAAAAAGCCUUCAUUUUUUAUAAAAAAUUGAUUUGUUAUGUAAUAUGUUUAAAUGGAAUUCUAACAAUCAAACCAUUACGAUCCUAGGUUAGACUCAAAUUUAAGCUCAGUUUAAUUAGACCUUAAGAGUUAUUUAUAUUAAAUCGACAUUCGCACCCCUUCAGCCAGAAGAAUGAUAAAAUUCGGCAAACAGGUUUUGGCUCGCUAAAAAUGAUGGCAAAGAAAUCAUCAAUUGCGGCCAUCUAUAAUUCUUGAAUGAUUGAUUUUUCUAUUUUUUGCUAUUCGUCGCAUUGUUUAAAGCGGAAAGAUGUAACACUGUUUCAAUUACCCAUAAUAGUAUAAAGGAAUGGUGCCGAUCAAUAAAUUUGCUAUCUCGUGCAUCAUGAAAUGCAUCGCACAUUUUAUGGCUUUAUCUUAAAAUUAAUUCUCAGAAUAUUUAAUGGAUCACCUAAAAAUAUAUCUUGUCUAAUACCGAUCCAAAUUUAAUCGUAAGCAAAAUAAAGAAACAAUGGUUUACUCGAUCACUCAAAUGGUUUUGCAUUUUCCGUAUAAAAAUUUUAUCGAAAAAAAUCUCUAACUGCAAAAGUGUUGGUGGAUUAUCCGUCGAUGACCUACUUAGUCUACCUAGUGUGUGGGUCGGCGCUGAUCAGCAAUUUAUAAACCCAAUACAAAAAGGCACAUAUUAAUCUCAUCACACAUGACCGACGGUUUCUACAUUAUUUUAAAGCACAACUGUCAUCGAUACAUAUCAGUCUUUGACAACCCGCAUUACGUUCUGAAGAGUACUUUUCCGCAGGCUUGUACGAAAAGGCCAUAAUGCUGCGGUUAGAGCCAGUAAUAAUUUUCUGAAAUCCCUAACCGUAACUGCGCUCUGCGUAAAUUUAAACUUACAUGCAAUGUUUCAAAUGGUUUCAUGUUAUAUGGAAACCGUAGACCGAACCGUGUACCCCAAAACUUAGCUACUGCUUAGCAGCCAAUUCAUUUUGUGUGAAAGCCAAUCGAACGCAAGGCAUACAUACCAUUUACUUCGAUUUCUCAACCACUUUAUAAAGACUUCCUCCGGUGUCGCCCAACAAGAGUCGUCCACUUAUCGGUCGAAAGCUUUGUAUUAGAAACAUUGUCUUUCUUAGCUACCUCAGUGCGUUUGCCAACGGAUAGCUCUACACUACAGUCGGCGGAAUAAGAUAAGCCUUCUAACUGUCAGACCAUUCAUGUUCUUAGGUAAGAUUCGUCUUCAGUGAAACCGGUUAAAACGUGAGUAUUGUGAAUUCAUUUCUUCACGGAAGCGCCAUUUCGAAUGGAUCAGUUCAAAGACCUGACUGAGCAUUUUUAGGGUUCCAAUUAAGGGUUAAUCUUCCAGUAAUUGCUGACAAGUGUAUUACCGAUAGGUUUCUUACAGCGUAGUUCUUCGCGCUGUUAAUAAACUUUAAAAAAUAGGAUUUUGCUGGUUUUCACAAAUUGGAUUUCAGAAACCGUGUGUAUUUUCCAAUAGCUUUUAGAAAACAACAAGGACGAGUGGUUUGUUACAUAGUUAGCCUUAAACUCUGUCAGGUAUUUUUAAUAAUUUUAAAACAGCUAUAUACAUGUUCUAAUUAAAAAUAAAUCGGAAUCGCCUCGAAGUGGUUACACAUAGGUUACAUAUGGUUCUAGCGAUAAGUUAACAAAAGAUAACACCUUGAUUUAAAUUUUUUCUCGGUCUUUGGAUAUGUGGUUUAGGUCAUGGUUCUAUUUGUUUCAAUGAUUGCUUCUAUUCUUCUCAAUUAGGUUUUCCUAAAUUCUUAGUCCUUUGAUGCAUUUGCUAUUCCAAUUUAUUUCCGUUUUAUUCAUGAAUCUUACAAACGCAUAACAAUAAUAAUACAAACAAUAAUACUCCUUAGAAAGCGUAUAAACUAAUAAUAAGUAUAAAAAUAUAAACUAUGCUUUGGGCUAUGGAGCGUAAGAUCGAACUAUAUUAUAGAUCUGAAAUUUUGCUCUCCUCAACAGGUGUCCGUUUGUCGAUUCAUCAAAUCAUGACUUCAUUGAAGUUACAACAUCUUUCGUCGCUGUUACUAUUAGUCCUAUUAGGUGUCUGUUCCCACCAUGCAGCAACAAACAGCUUGAUGCCAACGGUUCCAUGUGGAAAACCAUCUUACCGCGAAGCGCGUAUCAUCGGUGGCGCACCUGCGAAAGAAGGCCAGUUUCCGUGGCAGGUGAUUCUUGGCAGAUACCGCAGGGCCGUUUGUGGAGGAGCAGUAAUAUCACCGAACUUUGUCGUAACUGCCGCACACUGUUUACAGGAACGUGACUCAGCAGUAUACCGUCUCAUCACCGGGACCAUCCGGAAGGGCGACUUCGGAGUUUCUCCUUCGAGUCAGAUGCGCAAGGUGUUAAGGAUUAUGUAUCAUCCCGGAUGGCGCCUAGAUGCCCCGUUGUCACUUAGCAAUGAUUUGGCUUUAUUGAAAAUCGACCGACCCUUCUUCUUUGAUACCCAUACUUCACCUGUGUGCCUCCCUAUUAGGGAAAGAUACUGCUCGAAUAAUUCCAGCAACAACAGCACUAGUGAUCAGUGUUCCUGCAUUGUGUCCAACCGAAGCGCAAAUGAGAUUCAUAAUGAUAAUGAUAUUCGUAACGGAAAGACCAACUCCAACCAAGUUCCUAACGGACCUUCUACCAUUAAUAGAACACUUUCUAUUCUGGUAUCUGGUUUUGGUGCCACUCAUGAGAUAGGCACACCCUCUGACCGGCUCCUCUACACGGAGGUAAGCUUUUAUUGAGCAUAGAUCUAUCUCGUGGUUGAAUUUCGGGUUGACAAAAAUCAACCCGAAAUGCAACCCGGAAGUACAACUACAGCUAUAAUGCUUUUAAUGCUAAAUAUUGCCGGUUGUCAAACGAAACUGGUUUCAGCUAUUCCUGAUAAUUGAUGUUUCAAACGCAGUUUUAAAGCAUAGUUGUUCGCUUUACUAAGAGAUUUACUAUAACUUCAUUGAGACUGAAUAGCAUUUUUCUCAGUAAUGCAUAACCACAGUAAUUAUUUUUGCAUUACAACAAUUCGGUUACAAACAUUUUUUUGGAUAAACGCACGUGAUAUUUGAAACAUGGAAAGAUUAAUUACUUAUUACAUGAUUCCUACAAUGUUACUCACUACAGUUCGAACCCUAUCAUAAUUAUAUCGAUACAGCUUGGUGCUGUUCAACCUUUUCCUUUUAAAAGCCUCGAUUUGAUCUAUAUGUAAUUAUUAUUUUUGCAACUCUGCCGUGAUGCUUAGGUACCGCAGCUAAGUGACGCCGCCUGCUAUAGGGCCUAUCCAAGGUUGUUCGACGCGACGACAAUGUUUUGCGCCAUGGCUGAAGGUGGAGGACGGGACUCAUGUCAGGGUGAUUCUGGCGGUCCGGCGGUUAUAGAAUCAAGUUUUUGUAGACGUAAGUUGAAGUUAUAGUUAAUGGGAUAUAUAUAGUUUUUUUUUUACCCAGAUAACUUUGAAAUCGCACAUCACAUAGUAAGGUGAAAUCUGGUAAUAGUGAACGCGUUCAAAUUGUUCAAAUACCUCUUGUUCAGAGUCAAGGUAGAGCGCCUUGACGACAGGUAAACUUUUUGUAAAAACGCGCUAAUUUUAUUACGAUAAGAAUGCAAAUUCUGCCUAAGCCCGUAAAAAAUUUUGUGCUGUUUAUGUUCAAGAUACAUUACUCCAAGGAAACGAGCCAAAGAUAUCACUUGUUCUUGAAAUGUUGACAGUAGCUCUUUUCGCAGUGGUCAAAAAAAAAUUACAAAAAAAAGCUGAUGAAAUGAUUGCAAAAGCUGAGAAAGACCUAGACGUGAGUAGCCGUGAUAUCGCCACGGGUUACGCAAAAGAUUUUACUCGAUUGUAUUCCCACCCGUAGAACUACAAAGAAACGCAACGAAAUCAACCCGUUUUUAAAGAGUAUGAUAAAGCGAAUAAUAGACGAACAAGUCAUGAUCAAAAUAGGAAAAAAUAUUAUAAUCUAUAACGAAGCCCGAACUAACGCCGAAGGAAGUGAUUCUAUGUGUUUGGUGAAGUAGGAAAGCAGAAAAUGUAUCGUCUUCGACCAUAACCAUGACCAUGGUCAUACGCAUAUUUAGUUAUCCUUUAAAAAAAAUUGAGAGAUCUUGGAUGGGUAAACUUUACUGCUGGCACAACCAGACAGUCAGUCUGUUUCGGUCUGUGCAACAGUUCCCUGAAAAAAAAUUUAGUUCCAAUUGAGGGAUACAAAAAUCGAUUGUCAGAAUUUUUUCGGGGAUAAAUUACAGAGUUUCUACAGUAAUAAGACUAUGAUACUCUAAAAGGAACAUUGCUUAAAAGAAUAAAAACUAUUUACUAAAAUUGCACUUAAAUUUGCCAAUACU